AUGGAGGUGGAAAAAGUUGUUGAAGAGGAAGUGCUCAACCUCCAGGAUAAAAACACCCCAGUGAAUCAGAAUCAGACCUCAAAGACAAAGAAGAGGGAUAAAAUGCCUCAUAAUGAUGCCAUUGAUGCUAUUCACAAUGCUUCACAUCAAGAUAGUCACACUGCACAUGCAUUAGACACUGACAAGAAAGGCAACUUGUUAAAAAUAUUCUUACCUCCUGGUGGAAUCACAUCUGCAAGCAUCAGAAUGAUCACAAGUCUUGUUACUUCUGACAAGGCAUAUGCAACAGAGGAUGAAUGUCGUCAACUUGGGGAAUUUUGGCUGUGGUUUCAGGACUUUACUGGGAUUUGGAAAUCUCCAUUUAUUUUACAAAAAUCCAUGGCCCACUUACACUACAUUUUAGACACUAUUAAAAUACCUGCACUUGACAGCAACAAUUUCUGUCCCAGUGUUGCCCUUGCUCUUGCAGCUGUUGUGGUCAAAUGUGCCUUCACACUUCUUGCUGAAAACAGCAUCACCUUUGAGGUUGUUGAACCUUCUGAAAAGGGUAAGAAGAAAGCCAUUGAUCCACAGGAAAAUGGAAAGGCUAGUGUGUAUGAGGCAUUUUCAAAGGAACACUAG